UAUCUAAGGUAGAUGACAACAGAAACACGCAAGAAGGGUAGAUGACAACAGAAACAAGCAAGGAGGAUUUCUUCUUCGAGGCCUUCAAAGAGGAAUGGUACGUCGAUGUCUAUCUCCUGCCAGCAGAUGUCAAGAAGCCUAUCCCUGCCCACAAGUUAAUCUUGGCGGCUGGUUCAAAGAAGUUUAAGUCUAUUUUUGAUUCAAACGAUUCCAGGAAGGCAAGUUACAAGGCGAUCAUCGCUUCUGGUCUGAAACACGACCAGUUAGAGGCAUUUCUUGAAUUCAUGUACAAAGGCACUUUGCCGUCUGACAGGCUGAAGAAGCACGUUCGCGCGCUCUAUCUUGCUUCGGAUGAAUAUGAAGCUCCUUAUCUGCAGGAGUUUUGCAGGGCCCACCUUAUAUCCUCCCUUGGACCGUCGAACGCUCUUGACACUGUCAAGCUCUCUAACGAUUUGUGCGACAAAAUUCUACAGGACGCAGCCAUUGAUUUUGUCUUCAUGCACGGUGAUGAGAUUCCAUUUUCGAGGUUUGAGGAUUUCGUCGUGAGGAACCCUAACCUUGCCGUUGAUAUGUUGAAGGUUGCUUCGGCCAAAAUCAGAUCCUCUUAAUGAUUUGUUUAGUGUUUGGGCUGCUAUGUCGGAUUUUGUUUUAAUUUCAUUUUUUUUCCUGAUCGGCGAAAGAAUUUGAUGCAAGAGAUUGUUCUGAUUGUCUAGUUUCUUGUCAUUUUCAUAUUUUCGAUGAUAUUUGUAAGCAUUGUGACAAAG